GAUAGAGACCUGACUCGUUCAGCACGCGGUUCGGAGAGCAGCUGUCACGCUGCCGAACCGAACCCUGAACGGUGCCGUGGCGGGGAAGAGCAGCUGCCUCCGGACCCUUCUGAGUUCGGUGUUUUCAAUGCGCCGUUUGCGCAGGCAUGGCGGGAUCGCAGGGAUUCCCUUCCGACCGCAGAGUUCUGUGUCUGUUUGACGUCGACGGAACCCUGACGGCACCGAGAGAGAGAAUAGAGCCUCGGCUGGAUGAGUUCUUCCAAGCUCUGCGGAGGAAAGUGAAGAUCGGAGUGGUGGGAGGAUCUGACUACAGCAAGAUCGCAGAGCAGCUGGGAGACGGGGACGAUGUCGUUCACAAGUUCGACUACGUGUUCGCCGAGAACGGGACGGUGCAGUACAAAGAUGGACGUCUCCUGUCCAAACAUGCCAUCCAGAACCAGCUGGGUGAAGAGCUGCUGCAGGACCUGAUCAACUUCUGCCUCAGCUACAUGGGGCUCAUCAAGCUCCCUAAGAAGAGGGGAACCUUCAUCGAGUUCAGGAACGGGAUGCUCAACAUCUCCCCCAUUGGCCGCAGCUGCACGCUGGAGGAGCGGCUGGAGUUCUCUGAAAUCGACAAGAGGGAGAAAAUCCGGGAGAAGUUUGUCACUGCCCUGAAGGAGAGGUUUGCUGGGAAAGGCCUGCGGUUCACUCGAGGGGGUCUCAUCAGCUUCGACGUGUUCCCGGAGGGCUGGGACAAGCGACUGUGCCUGGAGCUGCUGGAGAAUGAAGGUCUGGAGGCCAUCUACUUCUUUGGCAACGAGACGUCCGACGGCGGGAACGAUUACGAAAUCUACCACGACCCGCGGACCAUCGGCUUCACCGUCUACUCACCCGACCACACGGCGCACCUCUGUCGACGGCUGUUCUUUGACGCCCCCCCACAUGGGUCCCAACGCGCAGGACCGGACUGUGACCCCUGCAGACCCCGGUGACCCCACCUGCGGGGGGCGUGCUGCCUCUUUAAAGGUUCCUUCCCUCUCAAAGACAUGGAGAGGAACCUGUCACCUUAUAUAGGACUUGAAUGCAUGUGGAGAGGAGCAGGAGGCAAGUUCAGGCGUGUUUUUAAACGAUUUUAACAUGAAGAGAUCUGCUUAUAUUACGCCGUCCGGACGGCGCAUUCUUAAAGACGUUUUAGCUCCACUACUUCUUAAAAGGCUUUUUAAAUGGUGGUUGUUUCAGAAGCAUGUGAGGUGCCACUGGUGAUCACUCUGUACACCGUAGUGUGAGGGAGGAAACUGGUUUUUGAACAUGGAGCAGAGACUUGACUAGAUGUCAGAACACUGGGCCGCUUUCUCUGACUCACUGCUGAACUACUGAAGUGUUUAUUUAUACUGCAUGUUAUGCCACUUCAGAUGCUGUAUGUAAAAAAAAAGGCCAUUUGUGUUUUGGGGUUUUCAAGUUUAUCUGAGACUGUGGACUGUAAUGAUAAUUAAACCAUGAAAUGGCUGGAUGACUGAGUUCAUAUCUGUGCGCUGAAGUCAAGUUAGUGUUGGAACCAAAAUGCUUUCCUUUCCCUGGCACUACGGUUAGCAUUAGCAUAGCAGCCGUGAUGUCAGCUGCGUUCAUGAGACACUCCCCGGCAUGAGUUUCUGAAGUUAGCUGUGUAGUGUCAGCUAGCGACUGGCGAACUUUAGCUUGUACUGGACUUUUAUUGGAGACAAUGUUUGUGAGAAAUGGUGUUUUUCUUAUUCGCACCUCAUUAUGAGCUGUUAGUAACAUAUGCUUCUUUAGCACGAAGCCGACUCUGUAUCACAGUCCACCGAUCGUAUGGCACCUUGAUAUUUGUAACUGUGAAGUGUGAGCAGCUUGAGAUGCACCGUCCUCUGGUGGGACAUGUCUUUGAUUCCGGUUUUGUCUCGGCUUGAACUUUAGUGCAGCUCCACAACAAUCCACAGCAAGUUGAGAAUCAGUUCUUGUUUUUUUUAUGUUCUUUCAAGGCUCAGUAGAAGCGGUGUUCUUCAUCUUCAUCAUCAACACCACUGUGGUCCACACAGAGGACGUGUCCUCAGACGUGACAGUGUUAGGCAGUGACACAGAGACGUGUACAUCUCCAACGGAAAAGACAAACACGACAACACAGGAAAACGACAAACAAUUUAGUGGCGACUGACGCCAGGAAUGAAGUACUUGAGGUCGGACAUCACGGUCAGUGCAUCUCUUAGUGCAGGAAGAAGUCCAGUCCACGGAGUCCCGGUGUGAAGAGUGAGUAAGUAGGAGCAGCUCUCCUCCCGGCGUUGCUACUUGAUACACCUCAUCGGUUCACACUGCAGGCGCUGCUGGGGAGCCAGUUGGGAGCAGGGUUCUCGGAGCGGCAGCUACAGUUGUGUGACGCUCCGAUAAACCUUCCUCAGGCUUGAACCAGAGCAGAAGAGGGGAAGUUUGCUGAAUCUGGAGGAGAAUCGGCGCCGUGUGAAGAAAGUAUCAGGAGGAGAGUGAGUCCAGAGAGUCUAUGAGCUGAUGAUCUGUCCGGACCAGGUCUCGUGUUUGGUUCCCGGGUUGAGGUGGAUGAUCUUGACCUCCACAGCCUGGACCUUCAGGUUCUUAGGUGGAACCCGGCAGACCUUAUAUGUGACCUCAUCACCUUCCGCUGGGACGUACUCGCCUUCAAUGCUGAGGAAUGAAAAACAGCCAGUGAUUUCAACGUAACAAAGCCAAGCUUCAGAGUUGGACACACUAUUUAAUGUUCGCGCCUGAGUGGAUUAUCCAGCCAGUAGGGGGCAGUGACACACAGCCAGAGACAUGAGCUCUGCCCCGGGGCCUCUGCCCAGCUGGACCAGACACAUCCAGAUGGAAGCCACCACACCUUCUGCUCCUGAAGUGAAGGAGCUGAGGCUCUGCUCUGAGUCUCUCCCAUGUGGCUGAGGAAAACCUCGGUUCAGCUGCCGGACCUAGUGAGCACAGGUCUGCAGGAGUGUGUGAGAGACUCGUACUCACUCUGAGAUGUGAACAAAGAUGUCUUCUCCACCGUGAGAUGGCUGUAUGAAGCCGUGUCCUUGAGACCGCGAGAAGUUCUUACACACACCUUUAAACACAGGGCCUGAGUGGGCUCGGACAGUCCUGCAAGUGAGCCAGACCAGAGCGGGUCAGUCACAUCCAAACAGACUGCACAGCAUGGGUGGGCUACUUACGCCGAGUAGGUCCGGGUGCGCUUGGUCGGCAGGGGACUGGGUAGCUCCCCAGGCAGGGCCUUGUCCUUCUUGUCGUCCCAAAGGCCACUCCGUUCCCGCAGGAAGGGGAAGGACACUGUGAGCGGGGCGUUCGGGGAGCGCAGGGGAGUGUCCGACGGAGACGUGAGGCUGGGGUCUGCCAUGGUGCUGACGUUCCUCUGAAGGUCCUCUGAGGUCUCCUGGAGAUAUGCUGUGGCUCAGAGUGGGUGGGAGGACCUGCUGCGAGGAGAGGCAGACCAGAGAUCAGAGCGCAGAGUGCGACACCAACACAGCCACGCUUUCUGGACGUCUUGAGGAUUGUGAUGCUCGGGGAUCAGGACCUUGGAUUUGACUGACUGCCAUGAAACACUUUCACCUGAGACCAAAUGUCUCAGGCCUCAGGAGGCAGAGGCUCCACAACUGUCUUCAAGUUCGCUUUCUCAAACGACAAAUGUUCAGACUGAAAGCAACAAUGAGACAGAGGGCAGUUUGUUGGUCCGGGGUCAUGUUCCACAGCUGGAUGACCUUGAGCUGCUUCAGAUCGAUGAGAUCAAGUCCAUCUGUUCUCAUCCACCUUCACUCUGAGAAGGAGCUCAGCUUCUCAAGAGCCUCAGCCCAAAACCAAACCCUUGAUGGAGCAGAUGCCUGCUUCACUCACACAAAUGUGGAGAUUAAUAAUUCAUAUCUACAGAACAGAUACUGAGGAUUACCCCGAGAUUAGCGUGCGUCACGCCGCCUUUUAUUCCCUUGUCCUCCGUCAUUGUCUUUAAAAAACUACUCCACAAUAUCGUGUGUCUCCGCCCACUCCGCCUACACGCGAUGAUGCAGAGGUGGCAGGCACGCGCGUGACGUCAGAACAGCUGCAGGAAGCCACCAGCAGUGGGGUGUCGCUGACGUCAGCGCAUCAAUCCCUACCGAUCAAUUCCACGUUAGGGUCGGGAUUAGAUUGUAACUUUGCUGCGGCUCAAGUGCGAUGAAAGGAGUCCGGACUCCACGCUGCUGACGCGGGAAGCGUCUGUGACCGCAGCGCAACAAGAGGCAUCGAAAUCAAGGGCAAACCGUUCACGGCAUCCGUGGUGUCCGCGGAUGUCGGGAGCAGGUCUCACAUGCCGUCCACACAUCUGAUGCUGACGUCUGAUGUCUUUUCCGAGUUGAAGCGAAUUAGGAGCACAACGACAGAGGACGAACACACAUGAGACGGCUCUUCCGCUGCAUCCGCACACUUGUGUUCGCCAGUGUCCGACUCUGUCCAAAAACAAAGCGGUGCCCGUCUCCCCCCCAGCAGCCGCACCAACACCCCCAAACGCGGCCCUUACCUCGGCUGUGCUGGCGGACAGAGGACGUCCAGAUCCGCGUGCCGGGGCGUGUGUUGUCAGCCGUUAUUAUAUAACCACCAGUUAAAUAAAUAAGUCGCUAAAUCCGCGCAGACCCGCGGGAAACCCUGGCGUGACGCUGCUGCUGCCGCUGCUGUUGGCACUGCGCAGCUGCAGGAGACGCCGAUGGAGUGAUGCGGCUGCGCGCGCGUGUGAGGAGAUGACGUACUUUCACGUCUGUCAUGUGUCAUGCGGUCCUUUUAUGGAACAAUGUGCCGGGAGAUUUAUUUGAUGUCCACGGUUCAUCUCGUCCAUCACGUCAUCACUCUCGGGGCAGUCCUCCAUCACAUGAUCACGUGGUGCUCCACCAUAUUUGGAGUCUGUUCAAAGACGAUCACUCACCGUAUCCGGUUCCCUUUGUGUCAGAUGUUGGAUCAUAUUUGAAGCUGUCACGUGACCUGUCUCGCUGGCAGCUGUUGAUCGUUUCAUGUUUAAAUGGAAAACCACGGUCUGACCCGGCCCCCUGAACAAACCUGGUCCAGCCUAGUGACCUCGCUGUGACUGGAGACAAACCCCUCAUGAGGUCCUGGCACGACCAAGUGAUGAUCUGGUGCCUUCUGUUUUCCUUUCCCGCUGCUGCACUUCAUAUUCCAAACCAUCUAAACCACCCAUUUCCCCCAAAAUGUCUCUAUUGUGGGGAGAAUAAAGGCCACUUGAUCAAACUCUGGUUCCCAUAGUGACAUGAGCAGCAGCACUGGCCUUCAGAAGGGAGGAUUGAAACCCUUAAUCCCCUUUGACUUCCUAUGACCAGAGAAAACAAAUGUCCACGGUAGCACUGUCCUGUGGUGACAUGAUUGUGGGGUCAGAGGUCAGUGAUGCAAAGUCCCGUCUGAGACAGUUCAUCCACCACAACAUGCAGAAAAGUCACGAUGACACUGAAUAUAUUUGGAACUUUAUUUUAAUCACACUGAACCCAAAAUGAUGAAAACGUAACCAGAGUCUUGAGAAAACGUCCAAGGUCCUUGCUUCAGACACGUGAUAACACGCGCCUCCAGUGCCACUGAAUCAUCUGCAGCUGACAGCCAGUCCCUGGUACCACCGGAAGGUGGAACUCUCUGUCCAUCAGUGUCAGGCUUGACUCCGUGUUGAGGUCUUCUUCACUGCUCUGGAGUCAGCUGUUCCACCAGGACAGCAACCCCAGUCCUGGCUCACAUAUUGUGCCCUAGAACAAAAGCAGCCAACACGGAGGCAUCAGUGCAGCAGAUAUCUAGACACAAACAUGACCCCUCCAACUCCCCCUGGUGAGUGGUCAU